AAAGGAGCCGCGUGGCCAGCCCGCCCCUUCCCCGGUGGUCAGCGGCAGAGCGCAGAGCAACUCGGCCCAGCCCUCCCUCCUGGAGAACUUGACCGCGGAGCUCCCCGCGCCCAGACAGACCCCAGACGGAUCCCCGACAGGCCGACCCCAGGCGGCGGCGGCGCCAGCGGCGGCUGCGAGCCCAGCCCCGUCCGAGCCUGGCAAGUUCCUGCCUUUGAGCCUGCCAGCCUCCAGGUGCCACAGGAGCCACUGGAGAGGAAGCCACGAACAGUCUUGGGCCUGAGACAAGACAGAAUUCUACUCCAGAGGAGAAGGGCCUAGGCCAGAGGGAGAGGCCACUUGGGUCUCGGUUUGCCCUUGGGAUUGACCUCCCAAUUCGGUUUCAGUAGGCAGUUCCUGUGUGGCUACUGCGAGCCUUCUCUGGCUUUUGGUGGCCCGACUUGGUCUUUUGAAGACAUGAAGGGCAGUCUGACCCUAGUUGGGAUCCUCUGGGCUGUGCUGUCACUGCUUACCGCUGUGGCUAGCACAACCAGUUACUUCCUGCCCUACUGGCUCUUUGGUACCCAGCUUGGGAAGCCAGUGUCCUUCAGCAUGUUCCGACGCUGUAACUACCCUGUUCGGGGUGAAGGGCGCACCCUGGUCAUGGUGGAAGAGUGUGGCCGUUAUGCCAGUUUCACCGCCAUCCCCAGCCUGGCCUGGCAGAUGUGUACCAUAGUGACAGGCACAGGCUGUGCCCUGCUGCUCCUGGUGGCACUAGGUGCCGUCCUGGGCUGCUGCAUGGAAGAGCUCAUCUCCAGGAUCAUGGGCCGAUGCAUGGGAGCAGCCCAGUUCGUUGGAGGUCUGCUGAUUGGUGCAGGCUGUGCCUUGUACCCCCUAGGCUGGAACAGCCCGGAAGUGAUGCAGACUUGUGGGAACGCCUCCAGUCAAUUUCACUUGGGUACCUGCCAGCUGGGUUGGGCCUACUACUGUGCUGGGGGAGGAGCCGCGGUGGCCAUGCUCAUCUGUACCUGGCUCUCCUGCUUUGCUGGAAGGCUUCCCAAGCCCAUCGUGAAUUCCUACACCAUGGAGCUGGAGCACUGCCUCCACCCCUGAGCCUUCCAGGCUCCGCUUCCAGUCUCUCAGGGUGGGGGCGUAGGGAAGGGCACGGUCCUCUCUCUGCCCCGCUCCCCACCAUGAGUCUUAGUCUUAGUGUCCCCUUCACUUAUGGAAAGCCAGCGGGCUGGAAGCCACUUGCUAGAGGAUAUUAGCUUUCCAUGUGUCCCCCUUUCCUCCUUCCCUCCCCCCUGGGCUCUCCAGCUGCGGGUUCCCUGCCCCCAAGUUGCCCAAGAUUCCUCCACCAACACCAAUCAAUAAAUUACUGAUUGAUUAA